CAUAAUUUUGUUGCUGUUACUGUUAUAUCCAUGCCAGAGAGAGAGAAGCCUCCCUCCAUUGCUGCGGCCCGGGAGGUAAGGAGGGGAACGCAGACGCUCCGGAAAGCGGCGGGCAAGCGGGCAUCUCCGCCGAACGAAAGUCGCGGAACCUACGCGCGCACCACACAGCCUUCUCUGCUCACAACAAACAGAAGGAAAGCGAAGGGAAAACAUAAAUUUCGCUCUCAUUCAGGUUCCGCCCCGGAAGUUGUCUCGCACUCGAAACGAGGGCCCUGGGAAAGAGGAAGCCAGCUGCAGCUUUUGUACUGGUGUUAAGAUGGCGGCGGCGCAAACCCAGAGCGGGAUUUUACUCAGUGCGCUAUGUCCAAAGUUUUUGCAUACAAACUCAACCAGUCACACAUGGCCUUUCAGUGCUGUGGCCGAACUUAUAGAUAAUGCUUAUGAUCCAGAUGUAAAUGCAAAACAGAUGUGGAUUGACAAAACUAUUAUUAAUGAGAAUAUCUGCUUAACAUUCAUGGACAAUGGAAAUGGCAUGAAUGCAGACAAGUUGCAUAAGAUGCUGAGCUUUGGCUUUAGUGAUAAAGUUACACUGAAUGGUCGCGUUCCAGUUGGGUUGUAUGGAAAUGGAUUUAAAUCAGGAUCCAUGCGUUUGGGAAAGGAUGCCAUUGUUUUCACCAAGAAUGGAGAAAUCAUGAGUGUGGGCAUGUUGUCUCAGACCUUCUUGGAAGCUACAAAGGCAGAGCAUGUCAUUGUACCUAUAAUAUCAUUCAACAAAAAACGGCAAAUCAUAAAUCCAGAUGAAAUGGCACCCAGCUUGAAGGCCAUCUUGGAACACUCUUUAUUUCCUACUGAAGAAGAGCUGCUUGCAGAACUCGAUGCCAUUAUAGGGAAGAAAGGGACAAGAAUCAUUAUUUGGAACCUACGAAGAGAGAAAAAUCAACAGACAGAAUUUGAUUUUGAUACAGAUAAAUAUGAUAUUAGAAUUCCCGCAGAUUUAGAUGAAGUAACAGGAAGGAGAGGCUACAAAAAACAAGAGAGGCAGGACCAGAUUGUUCCUGAAAGUGACUAUUCUUUACGGGCUUACUGCAGUAUUUUGUAUUUAAAACCAAGAAUGCAAAUUAUUAUAAGAGGACAAAAAGUGCAAACACAACUGGUUUCCAAGAGUCUUGCCUACAUAGAACGUGAUGUUUACAAACCAAAAUUUUUGGCUCCCAAAACUGUACGAAUAACCUUUGGAUUCAACUGCCGAAAUAAAGAUCACUAUGGAAUGAUGAUGUACCACAGAAACAGACUAAUCAAAGCUUAUGAAAGAGUUGGCUAUCAGCUAAAGGCAAACAACAUGGGUGUAGGCGUAAUUGGGAUUAUUGAAUGCAAUUUCCUAAAACCAACCCAUAACAAACAGGAUUUUGAUUAUACAAAUGAAUACAGGCGUACAAUACAUGCACUUGGUGAGAAGCUUAAUGAUUAUUGGAACGAGAUGCAGGCAAAGAAAACAGAACAUCCCUUGGAAGUACUAGUUGAAGAUACCCAGAAACGGCCUGAUCAGACCUGGGUUCAAUGUGAUUCAUGUCUAAAAUGGAGGAAGCUGCCAGAUGGAAUUGAACGCUUGCCAGAGAAAUGGUAUUGCUCAUAUAACCCUGAUCCUCAGUUCAGAAAUUGCAACGUGCCUGAAGAACCUGAAGAUGAUGAUUUAAUACCAUAUGAGAAAACACAUAAGAAAAAGGAUAGGGAAAAAUUAAAGAAAAGACUGGAGCUAAGCCAACAGAUUUAUAAUGAAAUGUAUUUACAAACAACAUUGGCAUUGUCCAACACACCUCCAAUAGUGAAUGAAAGUGCUUCAAGAAUACAUGUAGACGUUUCAAAUUCUUCUCUUACAAGGUCUCUAAACCCAUCAGAUAACAUGUCUUCAGUAUCUUCUCCCCAUUCUGACCCAGAAAACAGGUUUAAACGAAAACUUUCCAAUCCUGAGACACCACUGCCAUUUAAGAUCAGUUGUGUGACUAGUGAAGCCUUUAAGAAUAAAAAGGCUGAUGAUGAUGAUGUCAUCAUCUUGGAAGACAGCAGUACUCCCAAACCUGCAGCAAUAGAGUGUGACAUCAAAAUAGUAAAAGUUGAAGGUGGUGCUGAUCUGGAUUACAGUGGUAUGGAAACAGAAAAUUCCGAGAACAAUAAAGAUGCCUGCUCGGAAACAAAUUGUUUAAGAGGAACUGCAGCAACACAAACUGAAACAGAGCACCUUUUAGUAAAGAAGGAAAAAAUGGAUGACAGUACUGAUAGCAGGCUAUCCAGACUAGAACCUGAAGUCUCCCUACUAGAACCUGUUCAAGUUUCAGAAUCUGCUUUUGGAGACGUAGACAACAAGAUAAAUGAACUCAGUAUUCAGUUGCAGUUAGCCAAUAGCGAGAAAGAAAAAUACCAAAGACAGUGUGAUGAACUAAUCAAACAGGUAAAGCUAUUUGAGCAAAAAAUAAUAGAACUGAAUGAUAGGCAUAUGAAAAAGGAAAUGUGUGAUCAGUCAACAGAAACAAAUAAUGUAUUAUCAUUUGAAGAACUAGAAAAAGUUAAAGAAAGAAGUCCAGAAGAGGUAGUCAUUCUCUAUGAGCAAGCGUUGAAUGAAGUAAGGAGUUUGAAAGAACAGCGUGAUACUUUGCAGAAUUCGAAAACUGCAUGCAGUAAAUGUAAAAACAACGGGAAUAAAAGUGAUGUAGACGACAUGGCUGUGCAACUUGAUGUUUUCAGACAGCUGGACAGGUGCAGUGUAGAAAGAGACCAGUAUAAAAAUGAGAUUGAACUGCUUGAAAUGGAAAAAAAUCAGUUGCAGUUUCAAUGUGAAGAGCUAAAAGGAGAAAUCGCUCAAUUAAAAGCUCCAGUCCCACAGAUGGUUGCACAUGCAAAUGAUCCUGUGGCUAGUAAUCUUGAAGAUAAUGUAAAUUAUUCUAAUGGGGAAAGCCUGAAGCUGCGAUCCCUGCGAGUUAAUGUGGGACUUCUGCUGGCAACAAUAAUGCCUGAUCUUGAUUUGCAACAAAUGAAUUACGACGUUGAUGUAGUUGAUGAAAUUCUAGGACAAGUUGUAGAGCAUAUGAAUGAAAUCAGCAGUUCCUAAUUUCCUACUCCUCUGCAAUUUUAACAUAGACAUUAUUCAAUCUUAUAUUUUAUUGUAAAAUUUCCAACUUGUACAGAUGGUUCAUUUUAGCGCCAAAUACAGUGUGAUACUGAAUGCCUGUGUUGUGAUUAGUUCUUUUUUAAAAUUCUGAAUACCUGUUGGAAGAAGCUGAUGUUUUGAUUAGGACUGCAACAUUCAGGCAAGGGAAUUUACCCUUUCCUCCCCUUCUGCACAGCAGGUACUAGCUCUGGAAAGGCAAAGUCCCAGAGCCCUCAAAGGGAAAAAAAUUAUAGGUGCCUAUGAGACCUUGCCUUCUGGAACUAAGGACUGCUGUGAUGUUGAGUUUAUGGGAAGGAUAAGGUUAAACCCUGGAUGCCGCCACCUCCAUGAAGUAAACGGAGGCACAGCUAUCUGAUUUAAUCCUCAUUUAAAGUAUAAUGUUUAUGCAUCAGUGUCAUACUUUGCCUCCACUCUGGAAUUAUAACAUUUUUGACAGACACUUGAAGUUUUUUGUAGUGCAUUCAAAAGUUAAACACAGAUCCUGUAAAUGCUGUGGUAUAUCUUUUUAAUUUCCUUUUUUUAAAAGGGAACACUGGCAAUAUUGACAAAUAACAUUUUCCCCAAUUUACUAGUACAGUAUUUUAUAGUGGCCUAUGAUUAUUUCUAAGCUUUGUUACCUGGUCAUGUAUUAUAAAAUAGAUUGAAAGUAUUGUAAAACAACAGUUACAAUAUCAGGUUAUGUUCUGUUUCAUUAAAGAUAUGGGUGUUUUAUCAAAAUCAUGUGGUUUAAGGAGUUCAUUUCCAUUUUUUUAGUUGUGUUUUUUUAAAUGUUUUUCCUUACUCUCACCAUCUUCAGUACCGGAAUGUACUGUAAAGCCUGGGUAAAAUACUGUCUCUCUGGAUAAUAUUAUUUAAAUUUAUACUGUACAUUUCCCCUUUGAAAACAAGUGAAUAAAUGGAAAUAAGUUUUUUAUUUACAUGAAAUAAAUCGGAAGAUGUAUAUUUUGUACUAAAUGUGGGGCGGGGGGACACCUGCUGUUCUGAGUGACAGGAAAAAAAUAAGCAAAUGCAGUUUUCCUAAUAACAA